AUGCAAGCGAAGAAACGUUAUUGUUUUUUGUUAAUUUCGUGUUUGUUUUUAAUAUAUUGUUACUUUAAUGGCUUCAAUUUACUUGGUGAGAAAAAACAACGGGCUCGCCACGAUCUGUUGCCGUCUUUUGCUACUUUAGAUGAAUUAACAGAAUCUCCAUCUCGCCAGAAAAGAAUACCACGAGCAACGACAAAAUCAUGUCGAAUGCAAACAUGUUUUGAUUUUUCAAAUUGUGGAAACGAUCCUAAGGUAUACGUUUAUCCUACUGACGGUCCUGUAAGUGCUACGUAUCGUAAAGUAUUGUCUGUUGUUCGAGAGUCCAGAUAUGCCACACAUGAUCCUGCUGAGGCAUGUUUGUUCAUACCUGCUGUUGAUACGUUGGACGCUGAUCCAUUAUCUCCUGAACAUAUACCAGAUGUAGCAUCAAGAUUGUCACGACUACCAUAUUGGAAAAAUGGAAGAAAUCAUCUCAUAUUUAAUUUAUAUGCCGGCACUUGGCCUGACUAUGCAGAAGGAGCACUGGGUUUUGAUCCAGGAGAUGCUAUAUUGGCUAGAGCUAGUGCUUCAGAAACAAUAUUUCGUGAUGGAUUUGAUAUCUCAUUACCACUGUUUCAUAAAGAACAUCCAGAAAGAGGUGGUGUUCCUCCAGCUGCAACGGGAAACCCAUUUCCAGCACCUCGUAAACAUUUGUUAGCAUUUAAAGGCAAAAGAUAUGUUCAUGGCAUUGGCAGUGAAACAAGAAAUUCCUUAUGGCAUCUACAUGAUGGCAAUAAUCUUAUUUUAGUCACAACUUGUCGCCAUGGGAAAUCUUGGAAGGACUUACGAGAUGAAAGAUGUGACGAAGACAAUAGGGAAUAUGACAAAUUUGAUUAUGAACAGCUACUUGCAAACUCCACUUUUUGUCUUGUUGCCCGAGGAAGGCGUUUGGGUUCUUACCGUUUCUUGGAAGCUUUGGCUGCUGGCUGUGUCCCUGUGUUGUUAAGCAAUGGUUGGAGAUUACCAUUUGAUGAGCGGAUAGAUUGGCGUCGUGCUGUAAUAUGGGCAGAUGAACGGCUACUUUUGCAGGUACCAGAGUUGGUGAGGUCAGUUCCUCCUGAGCGUAUUCUUGCUUUACGCCAACAAACACAGCUCUUAUGGGAACAAUACUUCUCUUCAAUAGAGAAGAUAGUUUUCACAACUAUUGAGAUACUAUUAGAACGAAUUAUGACUCAUAGAUCGUCUCGUCAACGUGAGGCUUUGAUUUGGAAUACUUUUCCGGGAGCUCUUGGUACACUGGCUACAUAUGGGGACUCACGUGCUCAUUUGCCACUUGGUGUGACCUCUCCCCCCGCGCCGGCUGCACCCGAACCCCCUCCCCGCCCGCUCCCCGCUCCCUCCGUGCCCCUCACCGCCCCGCCACCUACUCCAGGAACGACAUUUACAGCACUAUUGUACGUACAGGCAACAUCCCCAUCAUUACAUAAACUUCUCGUCAGUAUAGCUAGCAGCCAGUACUGUGAAAAGGUGGUUCUAGUUUGGGACAGUGAACGAGCUGCACCUUCACUGACAUCUCUAUCAAGAACAGCGGGUGAUUCACGUCACCCGCUACCAGUAGUAGUCAUCGAUGCGACUACCCACUAUCCUGGUGAAGGGGUGUCUGCUCGUUGGCAGCCUCUGUGGGCGGUUCCCACAGCCGCGGUGUUUUCUUUAGACGGUGACGCACCGCUCCUAGCAGAGGAAUUGGACUUCGCGUUUCUCGUGUGGCAACAUUUUCCAGAACGUAUUGUUGGAUAUCCAGCAAGGAACCACUUUUGGGAUGAAGCUAAGGGGUCAUGGGGUUACAGCAGCCGUUGGGGCGGGUCGUACUCGAUGGUGCUGGCGGGUGCUGCGGUGACACACAGGUCCCUGUUGGCUCAGUACGCGGCCCUGUCCCCGGCGGUCCGGCUCGCUGUCCGCCGCGCUGGGAACUGCGAGGACAUCUUACUGAACUGUCUCGCCUCUCACCUCUCACGACGACCGCCCAUCAAGCUGGCACAACGACGACGGUACAAGAGUCCCCACCACCGGUACAGGUCAUCUUGGAGCGACCCUGAGCACUUCGUUCAGCGUCAGUCGUGUCUGAACACGUUCGCGGCCUCGUGGGGCUACAUGCCUUUAGUGCGUUCUGUACUGCGACUAGACCCCAUACUAUUCAAGGAUCCCGUCUCCACACUCAGGAAGAAGUAUAGGAAAAUGGAACUUGUAACCUAG